AUGUCACUAAAAACCAGCAAAGUACCUCAGAAAUGGAAAUCCGCUAAUUUAUUACCACUCCCUAAAAAAUCACCAUUAAAUUCGUGCAACCAGUUAAGACCAAUCUCUCUGACGGACAUCAUCAUGAGACUAUUCGAGAAGUGCGUGUAUAAAUCUGAAAUCGAACCUAUCACAAGAAAUAACAUUGGUCCUGACCAAUUUGCUUAUAAAAAGGGUCACAACUCGACUAUGGCUCUGAUUAAAUCCCAACAUCAAUGGCUAGAGUGGCUGGAUAAAAACGCUAAUUAUGUUAGAGUGCUGUCGUUCGAUUUCAGCAAAGCAUUUGACAGUGUGCCCCACGAUCUUUUGUUUGAAAAAGUUAAAAAGCUACCAAUUAAUCCGUAUGUGGUGAACUGGUUAAUUAGCUUUCUAGAAAAUAGAAUACAAAGAGUAAUGGUUGAUGGAAUGGUUACAGAAUAUUUACAUAUUAAUCGUGGUGUCCCUCAAGGUACUGUUUUAGGCCCAGUUCUUUUCUCAAUAAUGGUUGAUGAUAUUAAAACUGCUGAUCCUAGUAAUGCGUUAGUCAAAUUUGCUGACGAUUUGACGUUAGGAGUGCCUGGCAACGAAAGUGGAGACACAUCUCGAUCUGAAGCUGCCUGUUUACAGGAUUGGGCGGAAGAGAAUAGAAUGCCCUUAAACUUGGAAAAAACGUACGAAAUGGUUGUUCGCAGACACACCUCUGUAGUUUUGCCCGAACUUAUCCCUUCAAUUAAGCGAAAAACAUGGCUAAAGCUUUUAGGAGUUACUCUACAAGAUAACCCGUGCAACUGGGAUUUGCACUUUGAAGAAAUGUUCAAAAAAGCAAGUGGACGAAUGUACAUUAUGAGAGUUUGCAAAUACUAUGGACUAUCAAUUAAACAAUUAGAUCUGCUGUUUGAUAGCCUAAUUAUGUCGAUAUUCACUUUUGCUAUUGAGCUGUGGGGUUGUGCAUACGACGGUAAAUAUUUGAACCAAAUAGAUAAAUUCAUUAAACGUGCACAUAAGAAUGGUUACAUAUCAAAACGAACACACAUUAAAGAAAUACGUGAUAAGAGAGAUAAGAAACUGUGGAACAAAAUAACAUCAACUGAGGACAAUGCAUUGCUUGAACUGCUGCCGGAAAAAAGAAGUAGGUUACUUAGGCCUAGAGGGCAUGAGUAUGAGCUCCCCCUAGUGAGAACAGAAAGAUUCAAAAGGUCGUUCAUAAAUCGUUGUCUGUAUAACUUUGUUUAGACUUUAAUCUAUUAAAAACUUUUUAAAAACUUUUUACGCUUCUUAACUUACAAUUGUAAAUAUAACUAGAUCAAUUACCUUUCGAUUGUAAACUCAGACGGAUGUAUCUGAGUAUUUUAACAAAGACUAUUAUUAUUAUUAUUAUUAUACUCUGAGGACAGCGUUCCUCACUCUGAGGACAGCGUUCCUCACUCUGAGGACAGCGUUCCUCACUCUGAGGACAGCGUUCCUCACUCUGAGGACAGCGUUCCUCACUCUGAGGACAGCGUUCCUCACUCUGAGGACAGCGUUCCUCACUCUGAGUACAGCGUUCCUCACUCUGAGUACAGCGUUCCUCACUCUGAGGACAGCGUUCCUCACUCUGAGGACAGCGUUCCUCACUCUGAGGACAGCGUUCCUCACUCUGAGUACAGCGUUCCUCACUCUGAGGACAGCGUUCCUGACUCUGAGUAAGGCGUUCCUCACUCUGAGGACAGCGCUCCUCACUCUGAGGACAGCGUUCCUCACUCUGAGGACAGCGUUCCUCACUCUGAGGACAGCUUUCCUCACUCUGAGAAAAGCGUUCCUCCCUCUGAGGACAGCGUUCCUCACUCUGAGGACAGCGUUCAUCACUCUGAGGACAGCGUUCCUCACUCUGAGGACAGCGUUCCUCACUCUGAGGACAGCGUUCCUCACUCUGAGGACAGCGUUCCUCACUCUGAGGACAGCGUUCCUCAAUCUGAGGACAGCGUUCCUCACUCUGAGGACAGCGUUCCUCACUAUGAGGACAGCGUUCCUCACUCUUAGGACAGCGAUCCUCACUCUGAGGACAGCGUUCCUCACUCUGAGUAAGGCGUUCCUCACUCUGAGGACAGCGUUCCACACUCUGAGUAAAGCGUUCCUCACUCUGAGGACAGCGUUCCUCACUCUGAGGACAGCGUUCCUCACUCUGAGGACAGCGUUCCUCACUCUAAGGACAGCGUUCCUCACUCUGAAUAAAGCGUUCCUCACUCUGAGGACAGCGUUCCUCACUCUGAGUAAAGCGUUGCUCACUCUGAGGACAGCGUUCCUCACACUGAGGACAGCGUUCCUCACUCUGAGGACAGCGUUCCUCACUCUGAGGACAGCGUUCCUCACUCUGAGGACAGCGUUCCUCACUCUGAGGACAGCGUUCCUCAGUCUGAGGACAGCGUUCCUCACACUGAGGACAGCGUUCCUCACUCUGAGUAAAGCGUUGCUCACUCUGAGGACAGCGUUCCUCAAUCUGAGUAAGGCGUUCCUCACUCUGAGGACAGCGUUCCUCACAACGAGGACAGCGCUCCUCACUCUGAGUAAAGCGUUCCUCACUCUGAGUAAAGCGUUCCUCACUCUGAGGACAGCGUUCCUCACUCUGAGGACAGCGUUCCUCACUCUGAGGAAAGCGUUCCUCACUCUGAAGACAGCGUUCCUCACUCUGAGUAAAGCGUUCCUCACUCUGAGGACAGCGUUCCUCACUCUGAGGACAGCGUUCCUCCCUCUUAGGACAGCGUUCCUCACUCUGAGGACAGCGUUCCUCACUCUGAGGACAGCGUUCCUCACUCUGAGGACAGCGUUCCUCACUCUGAGGACAGCGUUCCUCACUCUGAGGACAGCGUUCCUCACUCUGAGGACAGCGUUCCUCACUCUGAAGACAGCGUUUCUCACUCUGAGGACAGCGUUCCUCACUCUGAGGACAGCGUUCCUCACUCUGAGGACAGCGUUCCUCACUCUGAGGACAGCGUUCCUCACUCUGAGGACAGCGUUCCUCACACUGAGAACAGCGUUCCUCACUCUGAGGACAACGUUCCUCACUCUGAGGACAGCGUUCCUCACUCUGAGGACAGCGUUCCUCACUCUGAGGACAGCGUUCCUCACUCUGAGGACAGCUUUCCUCACUCUGAGUAAAGCGUUCCUCACUCUGAGGACAGCGUUCCUUACUCUAAGGACAGCGUUCCUCACUCUGAAUAAAGCGUUCCUCACUCUGAGGACAGCGUUCCUCACUCUGAGUAAAGCGUUCCUCACUCUGAAUAAAGCGUUCCUCACUCUGAGGACAGCGUUCCUCACUCUGAGGACAGCGUUCCUCACUCUGACGACAGCGUUCCUCACUCUGAGGACAGCGUUCCUCACUCUGAGGACAGCGUUCCUCACUCUGAGGACAGCGUUCCUCACUCUGAGGACAGCGUUCCUCAGUCUGAGGACAGCGUUCCUCACUCUGAGGACAGCGUUCCUCACUCUGAGGACAGCGUUCCUCACUCUGAGGACAGCGUUCCUCACUCUGAGGACAGCGUUCCUCACUCUGAGGACAGCGUUCCUCACUCUGAGGACGGCGUUCCUCACUCUGAGGACGGCGUUCCUCACUCUGAGGACCGCGUUCCUCACUCUGAGGACAGCGUUCCUCACUCUGAGGACAGCGUUCCUCAGUCUGAGGACAGCGUUCCUCACUCUGAGGACAGCGUUCCUCAGUCUGACGACAGCGUUCCUCACUCUGAGUAAAGCGUUCCUCACUCUGAGUAAAGCGUUCCACACUCUGAGUAAAGCGUUCCUCACUCUGAGUAAGGCGUUCCUCAUUCUGAGUAAGGCGUUCCUCACUCUGAGUAAAGCGUUCCUCACUCUGAGUAAGGCGUUCCUCAUUCUGAUGGCAGCGUUCCUCACUCUGAGGACAGCGUUCCUCUCUGAGGACAGCGUUCCUCACUCUGAGGACAGCGUUCCUCACUCUGAGGACAGCGUUCCUCACUCUGAGGACAGCGUUCCUCACUCUGAGGACAGCGUUCCUCACUCUGAGGACAGCGUUCCUCACUCUGAGGACAGCGUUCCUCACUCUGAGGACAGCGUUCCUCACUCUGAGGACAGCGUUCCUCACUCUGAGGACAGCGUUCCUCACUCUGAGGACAGCGUUCCUCACUCUGAGGACAGCGUUCCUCACUGUGAGGACAGCGUUCCUCACUCCGAGGACAACGUUCCUCACUCUGAGGACAGCGUUCCUCACUCUGAGGACAGCGUUCCUCACUCUGAGGACAGCGUUCCUCACUCUGAGGAGAGCGUUCCUCACUAUGAGGAGAGCGUUCCUCACUCUGAGGACAGCGUUCCUCACUCUGAGGACAGCGUUCCUCACUCUGAGGACAGCGUUCCUCACUCUGAGGAAGCGUUCCUCACGCUGUGGACAGCGUUCCUCACUCUGAGGACAACGUUCCUCACUCUGAGGAAGCGUUCCUCACGCUGUGGACAGCGUUCCUCACUCUGAGGACAACGUUCCUCACUCUGAGGACGGCGUUCCUCACUCUGAGGACAACGUUCCUCACUCUGAGGACAGCGUUCCUCACUCUGAGGACAGCGUUGCUCACUCUGAGGACAGCGUUCCUCACUCUGACGACAGCGUUCCUCACUCUGAGGACAGCGUUCCUCACUCUGAGGACAGCGUUCCUCACUCUGAGGACAGCGUUCCUCACUCUGAGGACAGCGUUCCUCACUCUGAGUACAGCGUUCCUCACUCUGAGGACAGCGUUCCUCACUCUGAGGACAGCGUUCCUCACUCUGAGGACAGCGUUCCUCACUCUGAGGACAGCGUUCCUCACUCUGACGACAGCGUUCCUCACUCUGAGGACAGCGUUCGUCACUCUGAGGACAGCGUUCCUCACACUGAGGACAGCGUUCCUCACUCUGAGGACAGCGUUUCUCACACUGAGGACAGCGUUCCUAACUCUGAGGACAGCGUUCCUCACUCUGAGGACAGCGUUCCUCACUCUGAGGACAGAGUUACUCACUCUGAGGACAGCGUUCCUCACUCUGAGGACAGCGUUACUCACUCUGAGGACAGCUUUCCCCACACUGAGGACAGCGUUCCUCACUCUGAGGACAACGUUUCUCACUCUGAGGACAGCGUUACUCACACUCAGGACAGCGUUCCUAACUCUGAGGACAGCGUUCCUCACUCUGAGGAAAGCGUUCUUCACUCUGAGGACAGCGUUCCUGACUGUGAGGAAAGCGUUCCUCGCCCUGAGGACAGCGUUCCUCACUCUGAGGACAGCGUUCCUCACUCUGAGGACAGCGUUCCUCACUCUGAGGAAAGC